AUGUGGCUCCUAGAGAAGUUCCGUGGUCACUCUGCGUCGGCAGGGGACAAGCAGCAGAACCAGACCGGCCCUGUCUCCAUCUAUACCAACAUCAUCACCCCUGAUAAGAUCCCUGACUUCCUCAUCCCCCCCAAACUCAUCUGCUGCCCUUCAGAGGCAGAGUGCCUAACCCCGGAGACCCAGCCCCGCUCUACUCUGUGCCCCUCCGCCUCGGAGCACAUCAUCUGCAGCCAAACCCAGGGCAACUGCACCCGGAACCCCCGCAGCCCACGCCUGCUCUCCCGCCUGACCGGGGACACCCGCAGCCUAAUGAGGGCCGCUAACCGCCACAUCAUCCAGAUAGAGAGCGCUGACGAACCGGGGAGCGGGGUAGGGGAUGAGGGAGACCCUAACACCAAUGCAGACCCCCAGUCCCAGACAGCCAUGUCCCUGCCUUAUAUCCCUAAGGCCCAGACCUCGUACGGCUUCUCCACACUGGUGGAGAGCCCCCACACCCGCCGCAAGGAGUCCCUGUUCCACAACGACCCCAACAGCCCCCACACCUCCCCGGGCUCCCAGAGACGCACCCAGGCGGGGAACCACCUGACCCCCUCCGACCCAAACCCAUACCGCUAUUUCAGCGGGGGUGAGAGCGACACAUGCUCCUCAGCCGAGUCCUCCCCCUUUACCUCGCCUCUCCUCACCCGCUCUGCCUCCCUCCUCCGAUCCAUCACCCAGGAGACGCAGGCCAAGGUAAACACUAAGGAUGGUAACCAUAAGGAUGAUCACUUUAUUUACAAAGUGUUUUCAAAAUACGUUUAGCUCAGAAUUUCAUGAUACCUUCUAUCUUAUAAUCAUCCAUUCCCAUCCCUGAUUUGAUCUCCCCUCAGGUGUCUCGUGCCAAGCGUACUCUGGCACGCCACAGCUCCCUGUCCACAGACGAGUGCAGCUCAGCCGACAACAGCCCCAACAUGACGCGCCGCCGCCUGCGCUGCCCUCCCUCCCCCGCGUUCCGCGGACGCAAGGGGACCGGCUCCGGGGGGGCAAGCUCAGACCUCCAGCGCGAGCACUCGGUCAACCUCCACAAGGGCGGCACGCUGAGGAUCAGCACACACUACAACGCCGAGACGGCACGGCUGAGGGUUCGAGUGCUCACCGCCGAGGACCUCUAUGACAAACAGACUGACGUGAAGAGCAUCAACUGCUGCGUGUCUCUGUACCUGAACCCAGGCAAGCAGCAGAAGCAGAGGAGCACUAUCAUCAAGAACAGCAGGAACCCCGUGUUCAACGAGGACUUCUUCUUUGACGCGGUGCCCGCCACCCAGGUCAAGAGCCUGGCCAUGAAGAUGAAGGUGGUGAACAAGGGCACCAGUCUGAAGAGAGACGUGCUGCUGGGGGAGAGGGAGGUGCUGCUCAGCGAGCUGCUGCCAGGCUUCUAG